ACGCGUGUAUCGUUACAGUAGUUUGUUUUUCAGUGAUAGACACGGCUAGCUAGUUAGCUUGUAGCAGCUAGCGCCUUCGCGUUAGCCCCAUAGUAGCCCCACAGGUAAACACAGCCUGAUAGGGAGAGGACGGCACACAGCCGCUGUGCUUUCAGAAAGGCUGUCUUCUAUAAGUGGCAGUCAGCCCGGGAUUAGCUACAUAGGUAACGCCAAGUUAAUACGAUGAGCUCAGGAUAUCCUCACUGUCAACACCGUGCUUGAAUUUACACAGGCAAUGUCGGUAGUAUGCGUUUAGAGUAUGAGUAACGUCCCUCAACAACGAAUUUCUUCUACAUCACAACAAACACAGGCCAGUCUGUCCAUCUGGGGAUGGGGGGGUCUUGGAGUCGUGCUGUUCCUCGUCACCUUUGGACCCUUUGCCAUAUUCUACCUGGCCUUUUAUAUCUUCUGCUUCAUUGGAGGGGGCUUUGCGGUCACUCUGCUGUAUGGAAAGAUCAACUCAGAGAAACACCUGGAAAAGUGCGAGCAGUCUUACUUGCCACCCACACAAAUUGGUAUACUAAAGACAUUGGAUGAAAUGAAGCUGGAGAUGAAGCCCAUAAAGAUUGACAGGAGACUGACUGGCUCCAGUUUCAUAGAUGAGCCACUACAACAGGUGAUCCAGUUUGCCCUGAGAGAUUAUAUCCAGUACUGGUACUACACUCUGAGCGAGGAUGAGUCCUUCUUAUUGGAGAUCAGACAGACGUUGCAGAAUGCCCUCGUCCAGUUUUCUACACGGUCCAAAGAGGUGGACUGGCAGCCUUACUUCACCACUCGCCUGGUGGACGACUUUGCCACCCAUUUACGUGUCUUUAGAAAAGCCCAGGAUCGCCUCGCUGACAGAGAGGACAAGCAAAGGGACAUAACCGAGGAGCUGGUGGACUCCUUCUUUGAGGCUGAGGUGGAGAUGGAAAGGAAGAUUUGUCGAGACGUAGUGUGCACUUCACACAAAGAUGAAGAAGGUUUUCUUCGGGACUUGUGUGAGUUGCUUCUUUAUCUGUUACUACCUCCUGGAGAUUUCCACAACAAGAACAUGAGAUACUUCCUAAGGGAGGUGCUGGCGCGUGGUGUGCUACUUCCUCUGAUCAACCAGCUUAGCGACCCAGAUUACAUCAACCAGUUUGUCAUCUGGAUGAUACGGGACUCCAGCUGUAACUAUGAAGCCUUCAUGAACAUCCUGAAGCUGACAGAUAAGCCUCCUGAGCUAGAAGCUGUCAAGGACAAGGUGCUAGAGGAGCUGCAGUACCUCCGCUCUCUGGACACCGCAGGAGAUGACAUCAAUGUGAUUAAGAACCAGAUUAACAGUCUUCUGUUUGUGAAGAAGGUGUGUGAGACCAGGAUCCAGAGACUUCACUCUGGCAAGGAGGUGGAUGCCUUGAAGCUGGCAGCCAACUUUGGCAAGCUGUGUGUUAUCCCACUGGAUCACAUCCUCAUCCACAACAUAGCCCUGCAGUUCUUCAUGGAUUUCAUGCAGGCAGCAGGUGCCCAGGCAGAGCUGUUCUUCUGGCUCACAGUGGAGGGCUACAGGGUGACGGCACAGCAGCAACUGGAGGCCAUGCAGGGCUGGCAGGAAGAUGGCAAAAAGCAGCCCAGUGCCACCAAGGGGCUGCUAAAAGCCGCUGCACUGGGUGUCUAUGAACAAUACCUCUCGGACAAGGCGUCUCCCAGGGUGCAGGUGGACGAGGCAUCCGUAACAAUACUAGGGGAGAAGCUACAGAAAGAUGACCCCACACCAGAGAUAUUUGAUGAAAUCCAGAGAAAUGUGUAUGACAUGAUGCUACGUGAUGAGCGCUACUACCCCUCAUUCAAGCAAAGUCCUCUUUACGUCCGCAUGCUAGCAGAGCUGGACAUGUUGAAAGAGCCAAGCUACCGGGGAUCUGAUGACGGUGAUGGAGAAUCCUUCAAUGGCUCUCCCACAGGAAGCAUAAACAUAUCUUUGGACGACUUGUCAAACUCCUGCCAUGAUGAAUCUAUGCACCUACAUGCUUUCAUCUCCGACACAGCUGACGCUUGUCUCCCCGGCUUUUGGGGUGCUGCAGGGGUUUGCAAUGACCACGGUAAGACCUACGCGCUUUACGCCAUCACUGUGUUCAGACGCAACCAUGAUGGCAGUGAGGACUGCUGGAAGACCUAUCGCCGCUACUCAGACUUCCACGACUUCCAUAUGAGGAUCACUGAACAGUUUGAAAACCUGGCGUCUAUCCUUAAGCUGCCAGGGAAGAAGACAUUCAACAACAUGGACAGAGACUUCUUGGAGAAGAGAAAAAAAGACCUCAAUGCUUAUCUACAGUUGCUGCUGAACCCAGAAAUGGUGAAGGCCUGUCCAACUCUGAUUCCUUAUGUCUAUGACUUCCUAGAGAACAAGGCCUACAGCAAGGGCAAGGGAGAGUUUGCACGCAAGAUAGACACAUUUGUAAAUCCACUGAGGAGUUCCAUGAGAAACGUGUCCAACGCGGUGAAGGGCCUGCCAGAUAGUCUGGCUGAGGGCAUGACCAAGGUGUCUGAUAACAUGGGCCGCAUGUCAGAAAGACUGGGUCAGGACAUCAAACAGUCCAUACUCAAGGUGCCUCCACUCCUCCCCAAGUCUGACAUUGACCCUGAACACUGUCGAGUCUCUGCUCAGCUUGAUGACAAUGUGGAUGAUAACAUCCCUCUGAGGGUAAUGCUGCUACUGAUGGACGAAGUGUUUGACCUUAAGGAGAAAAACCAGUGGCUGCGCAGGAACAUUAAGAACCUGCUGCAGCAGCUCAUCAGGGCCACGUAUGGAGACACUAUCAACAGGAAAAUUGUGGAUCAUGUGGACUACUUGACCUCACCUGAGCAGGUUGCAGACUACGUCAAGAAGUUCAGGGAUUCCUACUGGCCCAACGGUAUUCUGGCUGAGACGGCGCCCCGCCGCGACAAGAGCAUCCGCAUGAGAACACGAAUAGCUGCCAAGACCAGUCUGCUGGGCAUCAUGCCAGACGAGCUGAAGCACAUCAUCGGAGCGGACACCACGAGAAAGGGCAUACUCCGCGUCUUCGACAUGUUUCAGUACCAACCCACGAACCGUCGGCUAGUCUACGUUUUCCUGGAGGGCUUCUUGGAGACGAUGUUCCCCCAGUACAAAUUCCCCGAGCUCUUUGUCAAGCUGCACUCCCGCUCACCACGCAUUCACAGAUAUAGCCAGAAACUGAAAUCCUCCUCUCUCAAGAGGUGACAGGAGAGGACAGAGGCAGCGGUACAUGGGCUGACUAGACACACACCGACUUGAGCGCUAAGAAUGGAUGGGGCUUGAUGUGAACGUUGGGGUAUGUGUGUGUGAUUUCUGCCCUUCCACUUUCCUCACACACUCUUUUCAGUGAAAACACUCCACUUAUCUAGCUGAUUAUUUCUGUCAAGACGGAAUUGAAGGAUGAACAACACUCUUUCCUCCUCUCACUCUGUGACACACACACACACACACACACACAUAUGCAAACAUAAAUCCUGUAGUUUGCACCCAGACUGAAAAUUAUCUUUUCUUAUAGUUUAGAUAUUUUCCCUCUUCCUUUUAGGACUUUUUAGUUGUUUAGCUUUAUCCUGGGCCAGCCAAUGCUGCUUUAUCCUAGUCCAGAGAGCAGACCAUAAAUACUGUAUUGUUUUUAAAUUACUAGUGUAGAUAGCAUAGACCCACACCUUGCCUUACCUUCCCGCUUCUGUCUUUUGGCCAGCACUCUACCAUCUCAAUGACCUGGCAAUUUGGCUGUAGUCAAACUUACCUUUAUGCUGUAGACAUUUUAUCUGCAAAAGCUGCACACUUGUGAACAUGCAACAAUAUUUGUUUUCAUAGCAACCAAAUAUGUCAAUAGCACUGGGUUAAAAAAGCGCUGUUUUUAAAAUGUGACUGAACAAAUAUGGGUCGAAAGAGAUGAUUUAGAAUUUUUUCAACCUCAAAGCCUCUCUUGAGACAUGAGUUGUUGUUUUUUUUCUCUUUCCAAGUUACAUUAUCUGUACCACCCAUGAUCCUGAAAGAAUAGAUCCACAUCCCCUUUAAUGCUACUGUCAUAACCUGUGAUGACCAAAGCUCAUGCUGUUCCAUACGUGUGUGUGUGUGUGUGUGUGUGUGUGUGUGUGUGUGUGUGUGUGUGUGUGUGCACUGGUUGGACAUUGGGAUACUCUGAACAUUACUGUGCUUUAUAUCCUUAAUCAUGUGAGGAAAGCGAAUGCAAAGUUGACCUUUACCGACCUAAAAGGUGAGGCUGUGAGGACAAACUGAAGUGUGUUAUAGUUGUGGGAGGCUCAGCUCUGGCUCUCCAAGCGCACUAUCAAAGAAUGUACUCUCUGGUCUAGUGUAUUUGGCUCGUGUAGAAUUUUGUGUGAAUGUGUGUGUGUGUUUAGCACGAAGAUGCAACCCUAUACAGUCAAAACCUGUGCCAGUGUGAGCUAGUGAACCAGCCUUAAAACUAUAAACAGUAUAUACUGACCAAGAGACGCACGCUAGAUAUAGCUCUCCGUCACUCGACUGAACGUUACAAGGAAAUCAAGAUAAAGAUAUGGAUAUAUAUCCCUAAUCACUUUUAUUCAGAAAAAUGUCUUUAAUUUUGUGCAAUAUUUUUUUUUUUCCUUUAAUGCAUGUGCAUUUUGAAUUAUUGUAUUCUGAAAAAAGUAAUUAUUUUGGUUUUAAUAAUAGAAAACAUGAAAGAAGCUUCCCCAGAAAUGUCUUCUUAUACAAACAACUUUACAUUCCGUUGUUGUAAAAGUACAAUGUUUAUUUUACGGACUUGUUUUAAAAGUCUGAAUUUUUUUGUUUUUGGUGUGUGGGGUAUUUUACACUUAUCCCUAGCCUACUCGUACAGAAUCUGUUUGGGUAUCAAUUGGACAGUGGUAGGGGGUUUUCUGUGUUGCAGCCCGAUGAUUAGGUCAUUGGACUAUAGCUAGUUUAGAGGCAGCCUCAAACAACUGUUUCUUUUUAACUCGUAAGUGGUGUUUUAUGCAUUCAAGUCUGUUCUGUUGAGGUUAAGAUCUUUGUUAUUAACCCGUCUGCUGGAGGGACCCCCCUUCCCUCUAUCCAAUAGGCUCACAGGAGAGCCAUAGCCAGUGACCAAUGGAUUCACUGCUAAGAAGCACUUACCGUAGCAACCGUGGGAGGGCCACUCCCAUUGACUGGACGGAGCUCCAUUCUGCUGCAGUCAUUGGAUGGAACCCCCUCGUCUGCUUUCAUUUGCUUGCACUGAGCAGCCCUGGUUGACUCUGAUUGGCUGAGUAAGAGGACACGAAUUGUAGCCUUGCUUACUGGGCGGUGAAUAUUUGUUCCCACGGUGAAGGAGGAGUCACUUCUAACUUUCUGUACGUCUCUCCAUACAGGAAGGCUUGUCUUUUUUUUUAAUCCCAGUAUUUAUGAAUCUAUGAUAAUGAAAAUUGUGCAUAUAUGUGUACAGUAUGUGUUAAUAGUGUGCCUAAAUGUACUGUCAACUCUAUUUUCAUAUUUUUCUUUAACCUAAAAAAAAAUCAAUCAGAAUGUCAUGAUCAUUUUACGCGACUGAAAAUGACUUUAGGAUGUUUUUUUGCAUCAUGCUUAUCAAACUCUUCCUUGUGAGCAAUUGUGCUCAGAUCAGUAUAACACUAAUAAAAGGUAACUCAGACUAACUGAC